AUGAAACCACCGCCCUCUCCACCACCCUUCAUUCUGGCGUCUUCCACCAACUUGAAGAAGCCAUCUUCAAGUUCAGGUGCCAAAACAGUGGGAUACCACCGCUUCACUAUGUCAGGUCUUGCGGCUUUGUAUACUUCUACUUUCGCACCAGGUUUCAGCAAUAAUGAGCGGCAAGCUGCUGCACGAGCUCUGCUUAGGCACGAUGCUCAUAUUGACGGUACCCACUACCAGACGAGGAGAGCGGGGGGUCUUCACCCAUCCUACCUCGGCUUCAAUCAGCCAACUGACGUGAACGAGGCAGAGCGGACCCUGACUCACAGCGAGCUGGGCGAGGCAGCCCUCCAGGAUGUCUUUGAUGCGAUCACUAUGCAAGACCGUCUUGAUGGUGGAAUAUCAAUUCUGAUUCGAUGCACUGGCAGUGAAGCGACUCCGAAUAUCUCGCCCGAACAAUUUCCCAUCGAUGUCUAUAUCACGCCCCGCGAGCUGCAAGAAUCACAGCAGAGAAUUGGCGGAGAUUUUGCUGUCUUGGUGCAAGCAUUUGCGCAGGAAUUCGUGGUACCUCAUCUCCAGCGCUUUACGGCUCGUUGUGCUGUUGAAAACGUGAAACCCCCAAGGCACUGUAAGUACUUCACUAUUUAUUUCAUUAUUUAA